AUAAUUAGUAGUAAAUGAACUUCCUUCUCCAGCUUACAGAAUGAUUACUUCACUAUAAAGUUUGACUAGCUUUUCAAGACAUCCUAGCGUUUCAACUUCUUUAUAAAAUCUUCUUGUCGUCCUGGAAUCUCUUCACCUCAAAUGAUCCUUUUGCGGCACGUGUAUCAGAAAUAAUAUAUCAAACCUAUAAGACACCAUGGACACGUCUACGUCCAAAGGGUCAAUGUUUGAUGGUCUUCAACUGUUCGGCAAAACCGACGCCAAAUUCUCCAUGACAAACUCCCUACAAAGCUACGGAUCAUCAAGCAGUCGUCCUCUCCACAACUCCAACUACCAGUUCGACAAUUCCUCCUCCGUCCUCCUCCCCCCAGGUCCAUCCCACGAGGGCACUUCUCUGCCGAGUAACCUGAUCGAAGAAGAGGAACUUCCUCCAGACAGCUACCCUUUAGAACCUCACUCUCUUGAUCCCCGCCAGAUGGGUCCUCGGAGAGACAUGACCCCUGGUAAUCGACCAAGGAGCAGUUCAGGGGAGCGACAGAUGUCACAAAGUGCAGCUUCUGGGUUACCAAAAACCUGGACCAGAUCCAGUAAACCUGUGGUACGUGAGCAUGGCAGUACUCCAGCAGUUAAUAAAGCCUCUCAGGAUGAGCUUGCUCCUUUACCAACAAUUUCAUUCAGAGGAUCUGCACCUGCCUCUAGGGAGGUAUCAAAAGAGAAACCACCAAACCUUCCCAGAUUUUCACCGGAACCGAUGAAAGAGUCUAACAAAACAACGUUCUUCUUUGAUAGAGCCUCAUCUGAGAUCGAGCAUUUUGAGCUUGAUUUGAAUGGUAUAAAGAUCGAUCAUGAUUCUGGUAGCAGUGAGAUAUUAGAGGAGAUGAAACUGUGUGAAGACACUAUCAGAGCUAGUUCAUUGUUGUCAAUUCAUAAACUGCUUAAGUUUGAGAAAUCUGCCAGUCUGGUUAAGGAACUGCAGACAAAAAUAAAAACAGCUAUUGAUACGAACUCAUACGAUGAGGCCGAUAAACUGCAGAAUUCUUUAGAUGAUGUCCUCAAAGACGUACAGCAAUCUCAACUAUUACAAUUCCAGCCUCCCAGACAACUUGACUCAACUGAAGACAAGCUCAGAAGUCUGAAUACAAAAAGGAAACAUCACGUUGAGUCUUUGAAGAAUUUCUGUGUUGGACUGGACGAACUAUCAACGAGAUUCAGAUCAAUAACAAAAAAGAUAGAAGUUCAGUGUUCGUCCAAGAUCGACAAACAAAAGCAGGAAUUAGCUAGUGCUCAGAACGCUCUAGAUUGUCGGAUGAAACAUCUUACAAUUGACACGGACUAUUUGGAGCAAAGGGAAACUAAUUUAUUGAAUGAACUUCGAGUCAGUACAGACGACCAUAAUCUACAGAUGCAAUACCAAGAUGAGCUGCUUGUAGGUGUACAAUCUGAGAUCAAAAUUCUUGAAGAGCGACUUAGAAAACUCAAGUCGCAAGAAAAUGCAAUCCUUGAAGAAAAGAAGAAACUUAUCGUCGACAAAGUUGAAGCUGAAAAACUACAUCAACAAAAGCUGUUGGACAUGAAAAAGGAAAAAGACAGUUGUCAUAUUAAAUCAGUUUCCUUGGAGAAUGAUAAAUCAAACCUUGCCAAGCAGACAGCCGAUUUUGAAACCUACUCCUCAAAACUUGAUAAAAUAAACUCAAUUCAGGACAGAGUGAACGACAACCUUACCGAACUGAAGACCAAAACAUGCGAUUCAAUUUCUGCCAACGAAGGUUUAAUAAUCAACGAAGUGCACGUCUCAGUCUCUACUGACGUUUCUAAUAAACUCUCUAUCCCGGAGUCUCUGUCUGAUAUUAUCAAUGAAAUAUCUACUCAAGAAAAGCUCAUUGAGUUGAAAUCAAGUGAUGUGUUUGACCAUCAGCGGAAGAUUUCUCAGUUGAAAAGUGAUGAGCUCAUGGCAAAGACAAAUUUACAGAAUUGUCAAGGUUUAAAGAGUGAAGCCAUUAAUAAAAAGCGUUUUCAGGACGCUGCUAAACUAUCAAAAGAGGAAGCCGAAAUCGAUUCCCACCUAAAUUCACUUACUGAAAACAUUGCUGAAGUUGAAAAAACAAGGCAAGAAGACGAGUCAGAGCUGGAAAACUACUCCAAAGCAUUAGGAGAACUCUUAGACAAAGCUGCGAUACAACAAUCGUUAUUCGACAAAGAAUGCUACAAAGCUUUAAUAUCAAACCUUAUCUCCACUCUAACCUCUCUGAAGGCAAUACCCUCCGACAUCAGCACAAUAUCUCGAUCUCUUCUAGAAUACGAUGCUUGCUACACCUACUCCUUCCUAAACAUGGUUAAACGCAGGACUGUAGGAGUUGUUGAAGGAGCUGAUGAGCUGAGUACUGAAUGUGAGGAGAGUGUUGAGCUAUUGCUGAGGAAAAUAGGAGAGGAAACUAAGCUGUUUAACUCUGAGGUGGUCAGGUUGAAAAAUGAGAUUGAUGAAGCUUUGAAGAAUAACGAUUUUGUGAAAGCUGAGAAGUUGAGUCCUAAGUAUGAUUUGAUAGCAAAUUUACAUGGUUGUAAAGACUCUUAGCUGUCUGGCAAAGUUUUAAAUUAUAAUAUUAUAUUCUUUUGUUUAAGUCAUGAUUUAGUGACGGUGCGUUGUCAACUUUUACAUAUUGUGGCUUUUUGUUUUGGCAUGGUAUCUUAUAAAAUUAUGUGGUAUGCAGAUUUUAAUGUAUGUAGAUGGUUAAUUUUAGGUGUUUUUGUAUUCCGUUUAUUAAGAUAAUCUUUGAUAUAAUAACAUAUCCAUUGUUUAUUACAAUAAUCAUGAAUUAAACAAGUUAAACAUGCUCUUCUUAAAAUUUAGCAUGAUUAAUAUUUGUGUUUUAAUUGACAAUAAACUAUGCUUAUUGUUGUCUAAUUAUAAUAUUUUAAAAGUAUAAUUUAGUGUCGUAAAAUACAUACUUUAAUAGAUUUCUAAACUUACAUAUUAUCCAUUUUGCUGUCUGACUUUUGACUGCCGAGAAAUUUUCAUCACAAGACAGAAUAACCGUUUAUUUCAGCUGCGUUUCGUU